GGGGUUCCCUCAGCAACCGCCCAACAGACCCAAGAGUCCAGGGAGGUGGCUGUGGCUGUCCAGUGGGGUCCGCUGGGGUUUCCUGCGGCCAGUAUUUUGUAUUAUGACUUCUCAAGAGAAGAUAGAAGAGCAUCCUUUUGUGGAUAUAUUUAAUGAAGAUGAAACUGAAAAAGACUUUAUGUUGUCUAAACCUGUUUGCUUUAUUGUAUUUGGGAAACCAGGAGUGGGGAAGUCAACAUUAGCCUAUCAGAUAGCUCAAGCAUGGAAAUGUAUUCGCGUAGAAGCUUCAACAGUUUUGGAAGAACAGAUUUCCAGUGAAACCGAAUCAGGAGUUAUGUUGCAAUCAAUACUGAUCAGUGGUCACAGUGCUCCAGAUGAACUUGUCAUAAAGCUAAUGUUGGAGAAGCUCAACUCCCUAGAAGUCUCUCACUUUGGUUAUAUUAUCACUGAAAUACCAUCACUUUCACAGGAUGCCAUGACUGUUUUGCAGCAAAUAGAAUUAAUUAGAAAUUUAGAUUUGAAACCUGAUAUUAUAAUCAAUAUUAAGUGCCCUGAUUUUGAUUUAUGCCAAAGAAUUUCUGGGCAAAGGCAGCACAGCACUACAGGGUACCUAUACACAAGGGACCAGUGGGAUCCUGAAGUCAUUGGGAAUCGUAGGAAAAAGAAGAGAGACACACACAAAGAAGGAAAAGGAGAAGAGGAACUGGAAGAGGAAGAAGAGCAAGAAGAAGAAGAGGCAAUUAUUGCUGAAAUGCAGAUGGUGGCCGAAAUUCUUCAACAUCUAGUUCAGAGGCCUGAGGAUUAUUUGGAAAAUAUUGAGCAUGUUGUUAAACUUUAUAAGGAGAUAAUUCUUCAUGUUUUAGAAGAAGUAAUGGCUGAACACAAUUCCCGGUUUCUCAUUGAACUAGAUGGAAAUAAGCCCCCAGAGGAGCUCUUCAUGACAGUUAUGGAUCGACUUAAAUAUCUGAACCUAAGAAGAGCAGCUAUUUUAACUAAACUUCAGAGUGCAGAGGAAGAAAUGAAUGAAACAAUUGAAAAUCAGGAUGAGCUGUUCCGUACUCUUGCAUCUUAUAAACUUAUUGCACCAAGAUACAGAUGGCAGAGAAGCAGAUGGGGACAGACAUGUCCUGUGAGUUUAAAAGAAGGUAACAUCUAUCAAGGAUUGCCAGACUUUUCUGCAAGUUUUCUAGGUAAAAUGUACUGUAUGUCAUCAGAAGAAACAUUUAAAAAAUUUUUAUUGAACCCACGUCCCUAUCUUCUUCCACCUAUGCCAGCACCACCAUGUAAAGUAUUCAUAUUUGGACCUCAGUCUUCAGGGAAAACAACACUUAGCAAUUUGCUUGCAGAACAUUACAAAGGAAAGGUAAUUGACUAUGCUAAAUUCGUUCAACCACGUUUUGAUAAAGCCCUUGAAACAUUAAUAAAAAAUACCAUAGCUGAGGCUACUGAAGUAGCUAUUAAAACUGUGAAAGAACGGCUUCUUGUGGAACUAGAAGCUAGAAAACAAGCUUUAAGAGAACUUGAAGCAGCCUAUGAAAUGAAGAAAUAUGGCAUAUUCCCAAGUGAUAAAAGCAUAGAAGAGGUGCAGUCUUCAAUUGAUGAAGAUGUGUUUACUCAUGAAUCCCGGAGAGAAAGCUCUUUAGAGGAGAAUGAAGAAGCCAAAAUGAAGUCAGAUGAAGGAGAAACCAGUAAAACGUCUAUGUUUAAAAGAAGUGCUCAAGACAUUAGUCAAGAUCUAAAGUUGGAGUCAAAAAAAGAAGACUCAAUAGAAGAGGUAACUGCAGAUCAUCCAGAAGUUAUUUCCAUAAUGAAGGAGACUAUGAAAACGACAAAGGAUAUGAACUUUGAACAGCCAUAUGAAAAACAUGCCGAAAUCUUAGCAGAAGUCCUGGACGAGGUAAUUGAAGAAAACAAAAACAGGUUUCCUGGUGCCCCAAAAUAUGGAGGAUGGAUACUGGACAACUGCCCUGCUGUAAAAGAACUGUGGACAGUCUUGGUUGAGAAAGGAAUUACACCAGAUUUAGUAAUCUGUUUAUCAAAUACAGAAAACAAUGGAAAAUAUUUACUCAAUAGGCUGUAUUUAGAGAAUAAACCUGAUAUUGACUCUAAGAUAUAUGAAAGAUUAUUAGAUGAACUACAAAGGAAAAAAAAAGAGGAAGAAGCAACAAGAAAAGCCAAAGAAGAGGCACUGAGAAUAGAAGAAGAAAAUCAAAGGCUACUGGAAGCUAUGAAUGCGAAAGCAAAAGAAGUGGAAGAGACUGAACCUGAGGCUGAAGAAGAGUUUGAAGCUGAUGAGACUGAUGUUCCUGAAGGGUCUGAGGCCCAUGAGAUGGCCGAGGAGACCGGGGCGCUCUUACCUGAGGAGUCUGAAGCGACCGAGGUCCCUGAAAGAGAACCCGAAUCAGUAUCUGAGACUACUGAAGAAACUACAGUCGUAACAGAAAUUCCAAAAGAAUCCAAAGACGACCUGGAAACUAAAUUAUCUGAAACAGAAGUUGUACUACCCGAGUUUCCAGAAGAUGCUUAUCCUGAUGUUCCUGAAAUGGACCCAAUUAAAGAGAAGAUUAAAUCCUUCAGCUACAUCUGGAAAUACCUGGAAAUGGCAAUUGUUGAGUCUUUCGUUCAAGUUCUCAACUUGGAGAUUGCUGACAAAACGCCGGAGCAACUACUUCAAAAAGUAGUUGAGACUAUGGAAAAACCUUUCCAGUAUGCUGGGUGGGAGUUAAAUAUAGAUGAUUAUGAUGAAGAAACAGAAGACUAUCAGGCUGAAGCGGAAGUCGAUGAGGAUUUAGAAGAGGAGGAAGAGGAAGAGGAAGAAAAUGAAGAAAGAAUAAAAGAGAAGAAAAGGCAUCUGGGAGAUACAAAGCACUUUUGUCCCGUGGUUCUCAAAGAAAACUUCAUCUUACAACCAGGCAACACAGACGAAGCAGCUAAAUAUCGAGAAAAGAUCUACUACUUUUCAAGUCCUGAAGCUAAAGAAAAAUUUUUGGAGCAUCCUCAGGAGUACGUGGCUCAUACAGAACCAUUAAAGGCUCCUCCAUUAAGGAUAUGCCUUCUAGGCCCCCAUGGCUCUGGCAAAACUAUCUGUGGAAGACAAUUGGCAGAAAAAUUUGGCAUUUUUCACAUUCAGUUUGAAGAAUUUCUUCAAGAAAAACUAAUGCUCAAAACUGAAAAGAAAAUUGGACCUGAAUUUGAGGAAGAUGCUGAGGAAGAACAACUUAUAAAACAAGAACUUGAAGAGCUUGCAAUUCAGGCUAAUGUCACGAUUGAGAAAGAAAUUACAAAGAAGCUGCCUUCAGAAGUACAAUUUACAGAAGAAGAAGAAGCAAUCAGAUUAAAUAUAAUGGAAAACGAGCCAUUGCCUCCAGAAAUUCUUGAAGCAAUUCUUUCUGAGUGGUGGUUUAAGGAACCAAUAUGUUCCACAGGUUUUAUAUUAGAUGGUUUCCCACGGUAUCCUGAAGAGGUCCAGUUUCUGGGGGAACAUGGAUUUUUCCCAGAUGCUGCUGUUUUUAUACAAGUUGAUGAUCAAGAUGUUUCUGAUCGUCUCCUGCCUCCCCAAAUUGAAAAGUGGAAACUGAAACAAAAGAAGAAGUUUGAAAGGAAAAAACUCAUUAAAGAAAUGAAAGCAAAAAUCAAGGAUGAUAUGAUUUCUAAAAGAAGGGCUGAACUUAUAGCAGAGAAAGAGAAAAAAAAGAAAGGGGAGGUUGUUAGAGAAGAUGAAGAAAUUAGUGAAGAAGAACCUGAAGAAGAUGACGAUGAUAUUGACAACAUCCUUGAAGAUGAAUUUCCAAAAGAUGAGGAAGUGAUGAGCGAGGAAGAAGAAGAACAGGAAGUUGAUGCACUUGAACGCUUGAGAGGUGAACUGGGAGACAAAUUUGAAGCAGAUAUAAGUAAUUUACAAAUAAUACAGGAAGAAUUUGAGAAGUGUUUAAUACCAGUAAUUUUCAUUAAUGGAGCUCGGAAACUUCACAUUGUACAAUAUAUGUUGAAUAAGAGACUGAAACCACUGGUGGAGAAUCGUGCAAGCAUUUUUGAGAAAUGUUAUCCAGUAUCAUUACACCUUGCCCAGAAAAUGCUCAGCUUUACCUAUACAUAUAUAAGCACGUUUGGCUACUGGGACCCUGUAAAGUUAAGCGAAGGAGAGAUAACCAAGCCAAUUGAAAAUUCGGAGAAUGCAGUUUAUCCUGUAAUACAUCGUCAGUAUAUUUAUUUUUUGUCUAGUAAGCAAACUAAAGAAAAAUUUAUGAAGAACCCAAUCAAAUAUAUCCGCCAACCCAAACCUAAGCCCACUGUGCCCAUUAGGAUUGCAAUUGUGGGUCCUCCGAGAUCUGGGAAAACUACAGUUGCCCACAAAUUUUCAAGUGAAUAUGGCUUAAAGCGUUUGUCAAUAGGAGAAGCUUUGCGUUACAUAUUAACUAACCAACCAAACACUGAGCUGGCACUUAUGCUAAACUGGCAUCUUCAUAAAGGAAUGGUAGCACCUGACGAACUGGCUAUUAAAGCCUUAGAAAUAUCUCUGAUGGAAAGUAUAUGUAAUACUGCAGGUGUUGUCAUCGAUGGGUACCCAGUAACUGGGUAUCAGAUGAGUCUCCUGGAAGCCAGGUCGAUCAUCCCCAUGGCCAUCUUCGAGUUGGAUGUGCCUUCCAAGGAAAUUUUCAGAAGAUUGCUUCUGGAAAAAAAAAAGGAACAAAGCUUGCCUUAUCCAUUACACAACAGCACACAGAUUAUAGCUGUCAAGAACUCAAAGUACCAUAAAAAUAUUGUUGAGAUUAAGCAAUAUUAUCAAGAACAACAUCAGAACUGGUAUGUGAUUGAUGGAUUUCACAGCAAAUGGUGGGUGUGGAAUGAAGUCAGUAAGCACGUUCAAAUGGUGAAUGAAUAUGUGCAGAUAUACCUGGAAAAAAUAAAAGCAGGAAAAGCUGCCUGCAUUGACAAGUUAUGCAUCACACCUCAAGAACUGAACUCUCGCCUGGGUGAAUUCGGACAGUUCUGCCCUGUCAGCCUGGCAGAAUCAUACGAAUUAGUUGAUUGCUCUGUGACUGAGUCCUUGGAAUUUGCAGCAGAGUUCAGAGGGCACUAUUAUAAAAUGAGUUCUCAGGAAAAACUGAAUAAAUUUUUGGAGAACCCAGAAUUAUAUGUACCUCCAUUGGCACCUCAUCCACUCCCAUCUGCCGACAUGAUUCCCAAAAGGCUGACUCUGUCAGAGCUGAAGAAACGAUUCCCUAAGUGUGCUGAGCUCCAGGGCUACUGUCCAGUGACCUACCAGGAUGGAAAGCAAAGAUAUGAAGCCCUAGUACCUGGUAACAUUAAAUAUGCCUUAGAAUAUCGUGAUCGUAUAUAUAUUUGUGAGAGUAGUGAAAAACUCCAGAAAUUUUUGAGGUUGCCAUUGAAAUAUUGGAAUCAGAAACUUCCACACAAACUUCCCCCGUUAAAGGAACCGAUAUUCCUUACUAGUCUUCCUUUGCCUGGAUAUCUGGAACAGGGUAUCGCAACUUCUCUAAUUAAAGCAAUGAAUGCAGCAGGAUGCUUAAAGCCCAAAUUUCCCUUCUUAAGUAUAAAGAGAUCUGCACUACUCUAUGUAGCAUUUCAUCUAAAAGCCUUUAAUCCCAAAGGUUCUGAAUACACAAGAAAAAAGUAUAAGAAGAAGAUGGAGCAGUUUAUGGAGAGAUGUGAACUCAUCACAUACCUGGGUGCCAAGAUGACCAGAAAAUACAAGGAACCUCAGUUUAGAGCCAUUGACUUUGAUCAUAAAUUACAGACCUUUCUCUCUCUUAGAAAUAUAGACCCAGUUAAUGAAUAGUUUGCUUAGGUAACUACAACCAGAAUCUCAAGAGUUAUCUAAGAGGCAUGGAAGGAAAUAGAUUGAAACUCUGGCCUUCUCUGAUAUAUUUUUCCCUCCUGAAUUACGUAUCAUGGCUGCCAGACCUCAAAUAGACUCAAAGCUCUGUCAUGCAGGAAGGAGUGUUCUUCUGUAAGCAUGUUUUAGUAUAAUUUUAAUGUUUAUUGCUCUUUGUCUAAACUUCGGUGUUUCAGCAAAAUGGUUAUUCCAUUUAGAAUUCCAUUUAGAAUAUUUAGUUAACUUGUUUUACUUAAUAAAUCUAUUGUUCAUUUUCCUUUUUAACAUUUUUAGUAGAAAAGUCAGUCUCUAGUAAAGAAAAUUACUCAGUAAAUGUUAGAAAGCUUCAAGAAGCAAAAUUAACAUUGAUAUAAAUAAAAUAGAAAUAUCAGUUACACUUUCAAAAUAAGGAAUUGUUUAUAAACUUCAUGAACAUAAGUCGCUUUAUCAUUUUCCCAACAAAAUAAAUGGAUUUUGAGAUAA